AUGCAGCUCUCGUUCUCAACCGUAAUUGCUACCCUUGCUGCUGUCUUUGCUGUAGCCGCUCCAGCAGCUGCUCAAUCCUGUUCCGAGGCUACACGCUUUGGCGUUGUCACCGUCAGUCCUACCACGCUCUCUCCCGGUGAUACUUUUACUGUCACAGCAAAUUUCACCUGCGCUGUUCAAUUUGGUGUGAACCCCCAGUACACUGACUACUACAUCGAAGUCCCUGUGAACAACAACGGCUACGAACCUCCAAUCCUACUUGCUCGUCGCACUCUCAAUGCGAGCUCGCCAACUCCUCUCUUCGACCAAUUCACAACUCAGCUCCCUUAUGCAAGCUAUUUCAAUGCCUCUUACGUAGUGAUGCUGGAUACUACCUAUCCAGUGACUGGAACAAAUGGCUCCCCGUACUCUGUUGUCGGAGGUAUUGAGACUCCUAUCAACAUCCUCUAA